AUGUUUGUGAAAUUUUCACCUCAGAGGCAAAUGUAUUGCAGGCAAAAACCAAAUGUGUGUGAAACCCAGUGCCAGCAUAAACCAAAUGUUUGUGUAACCUGGUGCCAACAUAAACCAAAUGUUUGUGAAACCUGGUGCCAGCAUAAACCAAAUGUUUGUGAAAUUGCCAUCCUCAUGGAUAAACCUGGCGUAUAUAUACAUAAACCAAAUGACUGUACACCUGUCACCAUCACUUUUGCUUCUUGUAAACAUGCACACAUAAAUAAAUACACUGGUGUGCAAAGAUGGAUGCAGAGAAAUCCAAAGACAUGA